AUGUUGCGUGCGACCUUGGCCACGGAGGCUCUCUCCGGGCGCCAGCCGCAGUUCUGGCUGAAGUCUAAGGCUCCAGCACCCAAAUGUCACGACAAGAAGCUUGUGAACUCCGAGUCUGACAAGUUCCUGGCCUGCCCAAAGGAGUGCCCGGUUUAUGCCGAUGAUCGUGGAGAUGGUGUGGACUGCAACUUCGAGUGUGUGGAAGCAACACCCAAGGCAUGCACGGCAGUGAACAAGUUUGAGCCGAUUCCUGACAAAGAGAUGGGCAUUUGCCGGGCCUGCAUCAUCUACGGCUGCGCUGAGUGCAAAACGGAUGGCACGGACACCUGCGCCAGGUGCGACAGUGGCUACUCUGUGAACGCCAAAGGCACCUGUGACAACGACAACCGCUACUACUGGUAUGCCCUGUUCGUUGUGCUCGGCGGGGUCACUCUGUUCAUUGUGGCUUGGAUCGUGGACAUUUGCACCCGCCCCAUCGUCAACGCAGAUGGCCUGAAGGGAGCCUUGGACUACCGCUCCCGAUCCAAGGUGCGCAUGCCCAAGUCCUCCAAUGAUGACGAGGGUCGCGAGCUUUACCCCUUGGACACCAACCUGUUGAAGGAGAGCGUUGCUGGUGUCGGCGUGACUCUGCACUUCAACUUCCAGCUCUUCCUGAUCGUGUGGUCAUUGGGCAUUGCCGUGGGCUGGCUGCUGCUGUCCCUUUCAGUGGAUGAUGCCCUCUUGAUCCUGGGGACACGCAGGGCAAAGACUGCACGACAGAAUUGCAUCCUGGUGGCAUGGGGCUUCGAGACGCAGCAGCGGCUCAUGUGGACCAAGAUCGACUUCGUGGUCGUGGUUUACCUGCUGACGGUUCUGGGCUGCGUGCUCUUCGGCAUCCGUCAGCUGCGGCUCUUCCAGAAGGUGGACAUGCAGAACUCCACGCACAAGGACUACGCGGCCCGCAUCCGCAACCUGCCGCUCCUGGACGGCACGACACCGGUGGAGGAUGAGCUGAAAGAGCGAAUCCAAGAGGCGACUGGCCAGAAAGUGGUGGGCGUCUCGGUGUGCUGGGACUUCCAGGAACAUGAGGAAGAACUCUUGGACCUCCUGCAGAGUCAGUUGGUGGAGAAGGAGCUGGAGCUCCACCCCAUGCCACAGCGAGAGGAGGAACCUGAGGAGCCGCAAGGCUUUUUUGCCCGGAUGGAGCGCGCGGCACUGGCAGCAGAUGCACAGAAAGUGGUGGCCACAGGUGAGAUGACCGAGGAAGAGAAGCAGAAGGCCGUUGAAGAGGCCGCACAGGCUCAGCCCGGCGAGGAGAUCAUCGAGGAAUGCAAGGAGGUGGAUGUCAUCGGAAUCCUGAAGAGCAUCAAGACCUGCCCUGAUGCCUACGCAAUUUUCGAGACGGAGACCGCUCGUGACGCAGCUGUGGAGGCGGCUGUUUCCAGCGGCGGGGUGGAGUUCCAUGGCAACACACUGAAGCUGAACGCCUCGCGUGUGGAGCCGCAGACGGUGAAGUGGCAGAACUGCGCCAACACGGACCUGGUGGUCAAGGCCAAGCGUGUGGCUCUCGGUAUGUGCAUCAUGCUGGCGGGUCUGGGAGUGUGGGUCGUGGCCUUCUACUUGCCCUACGCGUGGUUCUCGCUGACCUUCAACUACUCCUACGGACAGGAGCCGGGGUUUGUGGCCGGCAUGACUUUCUCCAUGGUCGUGGUGGCGGGCAAUGCACUGAUGUAUUUGGUUUGCAGCGAAGUGGCCGACCGCACCAGGUUCAUUUAUAUCGAUGACCGCGAGGUUUGCUACAUGCUCCUGUACUGCUUUGCUUGCGUCUUCAACGUGGCCCUUGACUUGAUCACCACCUACAUGGUGGCGUACCGCAUCAACGUGGGGCUCCACAUGAAGACCUAUGACGGCACCCUGCUGCAAAACUUGCAGUCCUUCUCUGACCGCUUUGAGUCCUACGCGAUGCAGCGCACACUUGCCAACAACCUGUACGCGUACGCAUUCCCCGCCACCUUCUUGAUCCCUUUCUUGAUCGAGCCAGUGGCAACCAUCUACGCCCCAUACAAACUGAUGAUGAUGAUCGUCCGCACUCAACCCAACAUGAAGGGUUUCAUGGCUGAGAACUUGCUAGGCAGUCUUGUGUUCGAUCUGUCUCGCUACGCCGACCUCCUGCUUGACGCCAUGAUUGCGGUCCUGAUCUUCUUCUUCCCUGGCGGCUUCAACAUUCAAAUGUUUUUGGGUAUGGCACUGUCCCACGUGUACAUCUACUUUUUCGACCACUACCGCGUGCUCCGCUCCAUUCAGAGUUGCAGCUACACGGACCGCAUGGUUGAUUGGUGGUCCCAGUGGCUGAUGUGCAUCCCCUGCGGCUGCAUGAUGGCUUGCUUCGUCUUCAAGGCCAACUGCCAGCCAGGCUACUUCUGCUUGGAAGGUGACGAGAUGGUCACGGCUUGUGCUGCAGCCUUCUUUGCGCACAUCGCGUUGCACACCCUGCUGCUGCGCUAUGUCGUGCCCAAGUUCGGCCUUGUCGGAGAGUCCGACGGCGCAGACACCAACACCUACGUUGCCUGCUCCAAGCGCUUGCCGUGCUCGUGGUUCACCUCCAACCCUGUGUUCUGCCUGCGGUCGCAGUAUGUCUACAAGCACAGCCCUCCGUGCACCUACUACCUCCCGGGGAAGGAGCACCUCAUCGAGCAGAACGAGGAGAUCGGCCUCUACUUCAAGGACUGCCCUGCCAAGGAGGAGGACUAUGACGCCCCGCAUGUAGACACAGAAGCGUUGAAGGCUCAGAUGAAAGAGAUGCACGGCAAGGUUUCCGGGCACAUGGAGGAGUUCAAGGGCAAGAUGACCAGCCAAAUGGAGGAGAUGAAGGGCAAGGUCUCCGGCAACUUGGAGCAGCUCAAGGGCAAAGUCUCCGGGCACUUCGACAAACUCUUGAAGAAGGACGGCCCAGACGGCCCGGAUGGCGAUGCACAGGGCUCCGGGGGUUCCGCGACCUUGGCCACGGAGGCUCUCUCCGGGCGCCAGCCGCAGUUCUGGCUGAAGUCUAAGGCUCCAGCACCCAAAUGUAACGACAAGAAGCUCGUGAACUCCGAGUCUGACAAGUUCCUGGCCUGCCCAAAGGAGUGCCCGGUUUAUGCCGAUGAUCGUGGAGAUGGUGUGGACUGCAACUUCGAGUGUGUGGAAGCAACGCCCAAGGCAUGCACGGCAGUGAACAAGUUUGAGCCGAUUCCUGACAAAGAGAUGGGCAUUUGCCGGGCCUGCAUCAUCUACGGCUGCGCUGAGUGCAACACGGAUGGCACCGACACCUGCGCCAGGUGCGACAGUGGCUACUCUGUGAACGCCAAAGGCACCUGUGACAACAACAACCGCUACUACUGGUAUGCCCUGUUCGUUGUGCUCGGCGGGGUCACUUUGUUCAUCGUUGCUUGGAUCGUGGACAUUUGCACCCGCCCCAUCGUCAACGCAGAUGGCCUGAAGGGAGCCUUGGACUACCGCUCCCGAUCCAAGGUGCGCAUGCCUAAGUCCUCCAAUGAUGACGAGGGUCGCGAGCUUUACCCCUUGGACACCAACCUGUUGAAGGAGAGCGUUGCUGGUGUCGGCGUGACUCUGCACUUCAACUUCCAGCUCUUCCUGAUCGUGUGGUCAUUGGGCAUUGCCGUGGGCUGGCUGCUGCUGUCCCUUUCAGUGGAUGAUGCCCUCUUGAUCCUGGGGACACGCAGGGCAAAGACUGCACGACAGAAUUGCAUCCUGGUGGCAUGGGGCUUCGAGACGCAGCAGCGGCUCAUGUGGACCAAGAUCGACUUCGUGGUCGUGGUUUACCUGCUGACGGUUCUGGGCUGCGUGCUCUUCGGCAUCCGUCAGCUGCGGCUCUUCCAGAAGGUGGACAUGCAGAACUCCACGCACAAGGACUACGCGGCCCGCAUCCGCAACCUGCCGCUCCUGGACGGCACGACACCGGUGGAGGAUGAGCUGAAAGAGCGAAUCCAAGAGGCGACUGGCCAGAAAGUGGUGGGCGUCUCGGUGUGCUGGGACUUCCAGGAACAUGAGGAAGAACUUUUGGACCUCCUGCAGAGUCAGUUGGUGGAGAAGGAGUUGGAGCUCCACCCCAUGCCCGAGCGAGAGGAGGAACCUGAGGAGCCGCAAGGCUUUUUUGCCCGGAUGGAGCGUGCAGCACUGGCAGCAGACGCGCAGAAAGUGGUGGCCAAAGGUGAGAUGACCGAGGAAGAGAAGCAGAAGGCCGUUGAAGAGGCCGCACAGGCUCAGCCCGGCGAGGAGAUCAUCGAGGAAUGCAAGGAGGUGGAUGUCAUCGGAAUCCUGAAGAGCAUCAAGACCUGCCCGGAUGCCUACGCAAUUUUCGAGACGGAGACCGCUCGUGACGCAGCUGUGGAGGCGGCUGUUUCCAGUGGCGGGGUGGAGUUCCAUGGCAACACACUGAAGCUGAACGCCUCGCGCGUGGAGCCGCAGACGGUGAAGUGGCAGAACUGCGCCAACACGGACCUGGUGGUCAAGGCCAAGCGCGUGGCUCUCGGUAUGUGCAUCAUGCUGGCGGGUCUGGGAGUGUGGGUCGUGGCCUUCUACUUGCCCUACGCGUGGUUCUCGCUGACCUUCAACUACUCCUACGGACAGGAGCCGGGGUUUGUGGCCGGCAUGACUUUCUCCAUGGUCGUGGUGGCGGGCAAUGCACUGAUGUAUUUGGUUUGCAGCGAAGUGGCCGACCGCACCAGGUUCAUUUAUAUCGAUGACCGCGAGGUUUGCUACAUGCUCCUGUACUGCUUUGCUUGCGUCUUCAACGUGGCCCUUGACUUGAUCACCACCUACAUGGUGGCGUACCGCAUCAACGUGGGGCUCCACAUGAAGACCUAUGACGGCACCCUGCUGCAAAACUUGCAGUCCUUCUCUGACCGCUUUGAGUCCUACGCGAUGCAGCGCACACUUGCCAACAACCUGUACGCGUACGCAUUCCCCGCCACCUUCUUGAUCCCUUUCUUGAUCGAGCCAGUGGCAACCAUCUACGCCCCAUACAAACUGAUGAUGAUGAUCGUCCGCACUCAACCCAACAUGAAGGGUUUCAUGGCUGAGAACUUGCUAGGCAGUCUUGUGUUCGAUCUGUCUCGCUACGCCGACCUCCUGCUUGACGCCAUGAUUGCGGUCCUGAUCUUCUUCUUCCCUGGAGGCUUCAACAUUCAAAUGUUUUUGGGUAUGGCGCUGUCCCACGUGUACAUCUACUUUUUCGACCACUACCGCGUGCUCCGCUCCAUUCAGAGUUGCAGCUACACGGACCGCAUGGUUGAUUGGUGGUCCCAGUGGCUGAUGUGCAUCCCCUGCGGCUGCAUGAUGGCUUGCUUCGUCUUCAAGGCCAACUGCCAGCCAGGCUACUUCUGUUUGGAAGGUGACGAGAUGGUCACGGCUUGUGCUGCAGCCUUCUUUGCGCACAUCGCCCUGCACACCCUGCUGCUGCUAGACCCGGAAUAUCCCAGCCCGCUGCGCUAUGUCGUGCCCAAGUUCGGCCUUGCUGGAGAGUCUGACGGUGCAGACACCAACACCUAUGUUGCCUGCUCCAAGCGCUUGCCGUGCUCGUGGUUCACCUCCAACCCUGUGUUCUGCCUCCGCUCGCAGUACAUCUACAAGCACAGCCCUGCGUGCACCUACUAUCUCCCGGGGAAGGAGCACCUCAUCGAGCAGAACGUGGAGAUCGGCCUCUACUUCAAGGACUGUCCUGCCAAGGAGGAGGACUAUGACGCCCCGCAUGUGGACACGGAAGCGUUGAAGGCUCAGAUGAAAGAGAUGCACGGCAAGGUUUCCGGGCACAUGGAGGAGUUCAAGGGCAAGAUGACCAGCCAAAUGGAGGAGAUGAAGGGCAAGGUCUCCGGCAACUUGGAGCAGCUCAAGGGCAAAGUCUCCGGGCACUUCGACAAACUCUUGAAGAAGGACGGCCCAGAUGGCCCGGAUGGCGAUGCACAGGGCUCCGGGGGUUCCGCCAGCCAGAGCUGA